AUGGCUUCAGGAAGGGAACAACAGGCAUCCUCUUCGGGCAAUUUACAGGCACCUUGCGCAAGUAAUGGUAGCGCGCAGGCGGGGGCCAUGCCCUGUGACCCGCAGGCCUUUGCUCAAUUUUUCCAUGCCUUUGAAACAUUCUAUAGGCAAUGUAGGCCCGGGGCUUUUGCGCCUCCGGCCCCUGUCCCAUCACAGGAUGUAAUACCAGAUACCCCUCCUAGCAAUCAAGGGCAGCUGGGAAUGCCAGGUUUGGCGGGGGGCAGUGCCCAUACAGAAGCAACCAAUACGAGUCGUCCUAAUACUCGGGCCCAAGCAGCCAUUACUAGGAGGGCAAACCAAAGCACGGGAAAAGGUAAGGCACCGGCGAAGGGCCCUGGCAAGGGUAAGGCUUCUGCCAAAGGGUUAAACACCAAUGCCGUCUCACAGGCGGUAGGCAUUCCUAGUGUGUUUCAGGAACAGCAACCACAGCAAAGCUCCACAGACGACAGUGAGGGUUCUGGCUUAGAGGAAGAGCACAGGGAACCCCAAGUUAUUCACCCAGUGGCCGAUGGGAAUGCGGCCAUCGCAGAGGUCCAGGGCGGCAAACGGAAGUCCAAGAAGAAGCACACGUCCGCCAAGAAGAAGAGAAGCAGGCAGUCCGAGACGGAUGACGAGUCAGGUACGUCCUCUUCGGAUUCGGACAGCGACGGCCCCAUGGAUGCCUACUGGGGUUUGGGUGAAGGGAAUCAUGGGAUCCCACUUUGGGCGCACGAAAGGAGGGCCAAUUCACAUCGAAAAACGUUCAAUGGAGUACUGGAUUGGAAGGAUGGGGCCUUGGUUGAGGAUGUAAAGGUUGCCACCAACCAGUCCACUGAUUUUAUAUUAGGGAAUCAUUUGUCACAGAAGAAGAGGAAUAAGAUCCUCAAUGGUGAUUAUGUGGAUAUGUUUACCCUGCUCCCUCCCGCCAAACUAAUAGGUAAAGGUGAAAAGAGGCGAUCCUCAGGUAAAGGUAGAUACAGGACCCCUAGGGCUGAGCGCACCUUUGAGAACUGGUUGGAUGGGUACCAGGUUUUUAUGGGUGUUGUUUGCGCGGCUUAUCCUCGGAGAUCCAUGGAUUUGGUUGCUUAUUUAGCCCAUGUGAGGCGGGCUCACUCGCUAGCGGGUGAGCACGCCGCUUUAACAUAUGAUGAGAAUUUCCGUAGGAACGCUUCCCUCCUACCUACCACCCGAUGGGACCUUACGGACCCUAACUACUGGGGCGAGGACGUUAAUCCCUACAUUGAAAAGAAAAACACGGGAUCGAUCAAGGCGGGUAAGACAGAGGUGAAGCGGCGUCACCUCUGCUGGGAGUUCAACAGGGGUGUAUGCUCGAGGCCCUCCUGUAAGUAUUUACACGAAUGUGACAGGUGCUGGGGAAAUCACCCCGCCUCCUCGUGCUUUAAGAACAAACAGCAGCCCUUUCGGGGGGGCAGGGGGUACUUUCACAACAACAAUAGAGGUGCCCCCGGAUCUUCCCACCAGGGACCCGGCAACCGCCAGUAA